CAAGAUUCUUAUUUGCAAAUUGCAAGUGCUCUUCACUUGACUAGCACUUGCCAAAUACUCAUUGAGAGAGAGAAAGAGUAGAGAGAGAGAGAUGGGGAUGGAUGAGAAGAGUGGUGGUGGUGGUGGGAAGUGUUUACAGGUGGGGUGGGGGGUGGCGGCGAAGCUGUGCGACUCGUGCAAGGCUGCGGCGGCGCUGCUCUUCUGCCGGGCGGACUCGGCGUUCCUGUGCAUCGGGUGCGACGCCAAGGUCCACAGUCACGGCAACGCGCGCCACGAGCGCGUGUGGAUGUGCGAGGUGUGCGAGCAGGCGCCGGCGUCCGUCACCUGCAAGGCAGACGCCGCCGCCCUCUGCGUCACCUGCGACGCAGACAUCCACUCCGCCAACCCUCUGGCGCACCGCCACGAGCGGAUCCCGGUGAUCCCCUUCUACGACUCUGCCGAGUCCGUGGUUGAGUCCGCCACCGCAGCGGUCACCAACUUCCUCGAAUCCGCCGACGACCACCGGAGCACCCACCACCACACUUGCCCAGCGGAUCCGGCAUCCGACCCGCCUUCCUGGGUCAUCCCUAACCCGACCCACAAACUACCCGAGGAAGAUGCUCCGGAAAUGAAAUCAAUUGAGCUGUUGUUUUCUGAUCCAGCAGACCAAUUCCUGGAUUUCGAUUACCCGAUUGGAAUCCACAAUUCUGGGUCUGACAGCGUAGUACCGGUUCAACCAACGGCGAAACAAACGGCCAAUCCGUCGCCGGAUAGCUAUAUCGAGAUCGAUUUCACUAGCUCAAAGUUCAAUUCUUUCAACAACAACAACAGUAGCUACACACCUCAGUCUGUCACCCACAGCUUUUCUUCCUCAUCAAUGGAUGUCGGAGUUGUGCCCGACGGAAGCUCUGUGUCGGAAAUAUCCUACAGCUACGGAAAAUUCAGUAAUAAAGAUUUAGGGGGAACAACCAAUACGGCGCCGAUGAGCAACGGGAGUGACAGACAAGCUAGGGUUUUAAGGUACAGAGAGAAGAGGAAGAACCGAAAGUUUGAGAAAACGAUCCGGUAUGCCUCCCGAAAGGCAUACGCCGAGACCCGGCCCAGGAUCAAAGGCCGGUUCGCGAAGCGGACCGAGACAGAGCCGGAAUUGGUGAAACGGUUUUUCAACUCCGGCUCGCAUUUCCAGCGUGAGGAUGCCGGAUAUGGCGUCGUUCCGUCGUACUUCUAACGGUCGGAGAUGUUAUCGUGUAUUUCGCACCCGCGUAUUUACUAUCUGUGCCCUCAAAUAAUCGGACGGUUGUCGAAGCUUGUAUGAAUAGGGGGCUUGUUGGUUUUUCGAGAUUGAUGGAAAUCAGACCGUUGAUUUUCAGGAGCAUGAUACGUUGAUGAAACAUGUGAAUGUUUUUUUUCAUAUUUUCUCAUGCUCUCAAAAGCCCAACUACUUUUUUUUGGUUAAGGGGGGGCUCCUUGUGAAAGUCGGUUGUAAGUCAACUAUGUCACUUUCUAUUUCCUCUUUAAAAUAUUAAUGAUGAGAUCUAUUUCUCCA